AUGCCAGUCCCCUUUAGCAUCAGCAUCAGCAAUUGGGGAACCGACGUCCAAUCCCCGAAGGCCGCCAUCCUUAGUAAAACAGAACUCUUCCCGCCGGUGAUCAUGGGAUCAGAGCCGAUUCGUUAUUUGAAACGGUUCUCAGAAUGUCACCAAGUGGCGAGUGGGUCAGCAAAUACAUUAAACCACCUUACCAGUAUUAUCCACACUGGCAUGGUGAUUAGUGUGACUAACAAAUGGAUGUUGUUAGGGCUGUUCCAAUCAGAGAAAGCGCCCAAGAUAUGGGCAUUUAUCGAGUGA